GGCAACAGUGAAGCGAAUUCAUUCGGAAGAGGAGAGGAGGGGGGCAAUAUUCCGUAGCUUUUCGCUUAUUUGCGCUCUCCCGGGCCAGUUCUUACAGCUUCAAUUUUAAUGUAGGGAGUAAUUGAUCUUAUACAAAAGUUUAUUUGGAUUUACUCAAAAUCUUUAAAGUUAAGGUGAUUAUCAAGCAAAUAUCGAUCGAGUUUUAGCUCAUGAUUAGUGUUGUUAAUUAGAUCUUUCUUUCGAUUCUCUGGAUAUUUUCCAUAGGAUUGACGUUUGUUGCUACUGUCGUCAGUGUUGAUAUGUUUUUCCUCUCCACCAGACGUCACCCCUUGCAUAAACAUGUAAAUAAACGCACGUGUGGUAAAAUCAAAGUGGGAAGACAAGUUAGUGUUAUUGUAAAUUUUUACUUAUUUAAUGAUCUGUUGUUUUUUAAGAGGUUUGUUUUAACUUAUAUGAAACUGCCAGAACUUAAUUGAUUUUAAAGUCUUAAUAUUUAAUUAAGACUUGAAGGUUUAAAAAUGCCUACAAGUCCUUCUAUACACCAGUGCUUACCUCUGACUCAUAAUUCUGCAAACAAUAAUUGUACAGAUAUCAAAAUGAAAUUAGAUAAAAAGUCACUGAAACGGCAUUUACACCGUAGUAACUCAUUUUUCCGGAAACAUUCACAAUGGUUGUACAAUAAAAGAAGAUAUACUUUUUCUUGCUCGCAAGAGAGUAAAAUUAUUUUUAAAAAACGAAGAAGAGUUGCAAGUAUUGCUUGGCCAUUUGGUGGUGAUAGAACUGAUCCUUUAAAUUUAAAAAGCUUAGAAGAUGAAGAAGAGCAAUUGAACUCUCCAAAGAGAAUGUCACCAAGGCCUACUCAAGUACAAGUUGUAAUUCCCCAAGACAUUCAUGAUCCUCUUAAUUUAAAUUCUGCGGAGGUGAUUGUACCAAAGGAGCAGAGGAGAUUGAAACCACGAAAGCGACGAAGACAUCGAAAAUCUCGUCGGGAAGAAGACUCAACAGAAGAACUUUCAGAUCAAGAUAUUUCACAUCAUAGGAUUAUUAAAAGAAAAAUUUGUUCUACUCUCCACAAAUUUAGAACAGAAAGAUUUUGUUAUGGUAACCAUAUUACCUCAUUUAAUAGUUGGAAUUUUGAUGGUAAUUCUGGCGAUCCAAGAAUUAGGUUUUUUAACAUAGAUUUUUUUAGAGGUAAAAAUAUUUUAGAUAUUGGUUGUAAUACUGGUAAAUUAACUUUACUAAUUGCAAAUCAUUUUUAUCCACAAAAAAUUACUGGAAUUGAUAUUGAUAAGAAACUCUUAAAUAUUGCUGAGAGGCAAAUGCGAAAUGUUCAAUCUUUUACUGAUAUUCCAAAGUCUAUGCCUCUUCUCUAUGGACCAUUAGCAAAAGUUUUACACAUGAAGAAGGAGACUAAUGUUGUAUUUCUUGAAGCAAAUUAUGUUCCAGCUUGCGAAGACUAUCUUGAAACACAAAAGCCUGAGUAUGAUACUAUAUUGUGCUUGAGAGUGACAAAAUGGAUUCAUUUAAAUUUCGGAGAUGAAGGUUUAAAAUUGACAUUUAAAAGGAUUUAUGCACAACUUCGAUUUGGCGGUAGAUUGAUUUUAGAACCUCAGCCUUGGUUUACUUACUCUGCUAGCAAGAGAAUUACACCUUCAAUCUACAAGACUUACUGCAGCUUAAAAAUGAGGCCUGAGACAUUUUGUGACUUUUUGUUAUCCAGUGAAGUUGGUUUCAGCUCUUGUGAAGUAAUUGGUAGAAUAACAAAUUAUGCUAAAGGGUAUCGACAUACUAUGUAUCUUUUGACGAAAGAUUACCAUCAUCACGAUGAAGAUUUUAUCAAUAACAGGAUAUCUCAUAUUCCAUUUCACAAGAAUCAAUGGAAUUCAGAAGACAAUUGUGAUUAUUCUUGUAAAUAUUCAGAGAGAAAUUUGCAAAGCUGAUUCAUCUUUCAUUUUAUUUAAACUGUUCUGAGCUUGACUUUUCUAUUAUAUGUAUAUUGUAAAGAGAUUAAUAUUAGAGAUGGAUUGGAGAUACGGGUUCAUUAAAUUAUCAGCUGAAGUAUA